UUACUCGGUCGAAAAUUUGACACUGGAUCUCCAAAACACAAUACCGAAGACGAACCCAUCCCAACUUAACUCCAAACUCAUUUACCUUUUACUAUCGUUACUCACUCUAGCCGUUCGUUAUAUACUGUCAUUGUCAUUAGACAUAUCAAUCGAACUGUUAACUUGCACACUCACUUAUUCACAAACUCACUCACUCAUUUUUGUUUAUUAGUUUAAUCUCCACCAUAUAUGUUCCAUUAUAAUUAUAAUUAUUAGUACUAUUCGUUCAUUCAUUCAUUAAUUCAUUAACAUAUUAAUUCUUUUUUAAUUUUAAUUUCAUAUACCAAUGACUGAGAUAAUUCCAACUAGAGCGUCCCGAUUUUAUGACAUGAAUGUCAUGGUGGAACUUGUCACUCGUUCCAGUUCUAGUUCCGAUUCAGAAUCUUCUGAAUCAGAUCAAUGUAAACAUAGUGAUACAGGACUUUGUCAAAGACCAGUAACUAGUAAUGUAUUAACAAUUACUGUGGCAGUUAUUAUUCCUUCAGUAGUAAUUUUAUCUAUUUUAGGAUAUUUCUUAUUCAGAAAUUAUCGUAAAGAUAAAAAGGAAGCUAUGGAACAUGAUCCAGAUUUUGAUGAAAAUGGUGAAGCAACUGCAUUACCUGAUUUCCCAAGUAAUCCAAACUUUCUUCAACAAAAUAUGUAUCAAAUUGAAGAUCCAUUUCAUAAUAGAAAUUCAGUUAGAUAUCCUGUUAUUCAACAAGGUAAGGGUAUAUAUAAUAAAUCUUCAAUUUCUUUAGCUCCAACUGCUGCCGAUCCUUAUUUAGAUACUAUUGUAUUACCUUAUCAACAUCAAACUGGUUCUAAAGUUUCCCUUGAUGAAUAUGCUAGACAACUUGGUGGUGAUAAUUCAAGUUAUUAUCAUAAUACUCCUUCUGGUUCAUUAAGUAGAACAAGAAAUUCAAGUUAUAGUAAUUUACCAAUUCCUACACAAAAUUUUAAUGUUUCACCUCAAAAAUCAGCUUUAAGACAACAAGUCUCAUAUAUACAGAAAGACGAUAAUGAAAAGACUGAUUAUGAUACUUCUAGUUCAUCUGGUUCACGUUCAGGUUCUAAAGAGAUUGAAGAAAAAUUCACUACUGAACCUCAAACAAGUCUUAAACAUGAUCUGUAUAAUACUGCUACUAGUGAACCCACUCCAGUAGGUUCAAGUAAUCAUGAUGAGUAUGAUAGAUCUCAUGAAGCAAAAUCUCCAUUUGAAGAAGAUGCUGGUAUAACUACUUCCAAUACUACUGCACAAACUGUUGAAACUAAAAACAAAGAUCUUCAACAUAGUUUAGCCCCACCAGCUAUAACUGUAACUGAUUAUGAAGAUAAUAAUAAUGAUGAUGAUGAUGGAGAUUUUGAUUUCACUAAUAGUCAUGAAAAUUCGGCAGAAGAUGAUUCUCACAUUAAUAAUUCUAAUUCAGAAUUAUUAGGAAGUAAACCUGGAAAAUUAACUAAAUCUCCUAGAUUUUCAGCAUUUAAUUUAUUAAAAAAUGAUAGUGAUGUAGAGGAUGAUGAUCAUGAAGAAGUUCUGGGUAUUUCUCCUGAACAAGAGGAAGAAAUAAAAAGAAUGAAAUCUGUUUAUAAGGUAUAUUUUGAAGGUAAAGAAGCUAAACAACAGCAAGAUAGAUUUGCUGCUGAUAUUAAUGAACCAUUACCUGAAUUAGAUCAACAUGAUAUCGUUAGAAUUAAUAAAGAAUUGAAAAUGGAUACUGAUUACAAUAAGAGAAUGACUGUUACUUCAUCACUUUAUGGUGAUACACCAAUUUUCACCGAUGAACAAGAAUUCCAACAUCAAUAUCCUCAUCAACAACAACCUUAUGGAUAUCCUGUUGAUGGUCAUUAUUAUAACCAAGCAUAUAUACCUAAUCUUCAACCUGCAGCUCAAGCUUACUCUCAACAACAACAACAACCACCACCACAACAAUAUCAACAUUAUCAACAACAGCCUCCUCAACAAUUACCUCCAUUACAAAAACUAAAGAAUGCUUCUGAUUUCCGUAAAUCUACUUUAGAAACAUUCACUAAUUUUGAACCUAGAAUGAAGGGACUGAAUGGACAAAAUGUUUCACCAACAACUGGUAGACCAUUUAAUCCAAUGGAAGCUGAUGGAGUUUGGACUUCACCAGUUAACUCUCCUCAUUUACAAUCACAAUCAUCAUUUUCUAAUCCAAGUAAUAAUACUUAUUAUUCUACAAGUCCUCAACUACAACCACUGCAACAACAAGCUAGUACAUCAUCUAAUCCUUCUGCAUCUCAACUUGCUAGAUCAUCAGUCGUCAUGUUGAAUCCUGUCACGGAAAUAACUAAACAAAGAAAAUUCCGACCAGCUGGGUCUGUACCAGGUUCAGGACCUGGAGCAGGUCAAGGACAAUUCCAGGGUCAAGGUCAAGGUCAAGGUCAAUAUGAAGAGGAUUUCAAUACUAUUGAAAGUGAUUUAAUUCCAGGUAAUAGAAAGAGUGAUGUCAGAAGAAUGAUGAAUACUAAUUUUUAACAUAUAUUUAACAUAUAUAUAUAUAUUUAUUUAUUUACCAUUUUAUUCCAAAUCUCUAUAUUUAACUUUAACUUUUUACAUACAAUACAACUGUGUACAAUAUCAUAUGUUCAAAUUUAUAUUAUAUAU